AUGUUAAUAUUUAUAACAGUCAUAAUUACAAAAGCAUAAUUAUCUUUGAUUGUAGAAGAAUUUAAAGGAAAUUUUAAGGAGAAUUAUGGUAAUUGCAUUGAUUAUUUAGAUAAAAGGUUGGACAAUUUAAAAUGGAUAGAAAGAAUUAGAAAAAUGCAACUCAUAAACAAUAUUUGGAAGUUUUGGAAGUAAUACAAUAGUAAGUAAAUUAUUUUAACUCCCAAAACACUCUUAAAUAAAUUUAAGUUUAGAUUUAUGGAGGUAAAUACUUUAUAAGAUAUGAAAAAGUCCUGAAUUUGAUGGUGGAAUUAAAGUUUAUGUAGAUUAAGUAGAAGUUCAUGAUAAAAGUGAAUAGAUUAAAUGUAGUGAAAACAAAAAUAUAAUUAGAAAAUGGAAUAAUACAUUAAUUCAUAGUGGAAACAGUGUGAUAAUAGUUUUAAGUGGUACAGGAGAGUAAAUUGAUUAUAAGGUAAUAAUAAUAAGUAAAAAUGAAGUGGGGAUUUACAAAUUUAGAGAUAUAAGUAGAGAAAUGUUAAAUAGGAUGUUAAGUAUGUAAUUAUGAAGAUACUUUUGAAGAAUGUUUGUUAUGGUAAUAAUUUUAGAAUAGUUGGACAUCUAUAUAAUAAAAUUAUUUAGGUUAAGAUGGAUGGGCUUCAUCAAGUGGUAUAAGUGGAACAACUGAAUGUGGUGGUAUUAAUAUAUAAAUAUUAAUAAGGUGUACCAUUGAUUGGAGGCUUUAAUAAAUUUGGAUAAAAACUAAGUUUAAGUAAGACUAUAAAAUUAAGACCUCAUUAUAAGAUUAGAUUAUUAGUAUUAUGGGCUAAAAUAGAUUCAUGGGAUAAUGAAAAAGCUUAGAUUUUAUUUGAUGGAAAGGAAAUAUGGAGUAAAAAUUAUAAUAUAAAUGAUGGAUAUAUUAAUAAAAUAUGUGGUAAUUCAGAAAUACAAUUCAAAACUUAAUUUGAAAGAAUUGAUGCUGUAGGUGAUCAUACAGGAGAUUAGAUCUAAAUAACAUUUACUACAACACUUGAUUAGAAUUCAAAUGAUGAAUCAUUUGGAUUAAGAGAUUUAUAAUUAUUUUAUGCCCCAUGUUCAGAAGAUUGUAAAGAAUGUUCAGGUCCUCAAUUUAGAGAUUGUACAAGUAAUUAUAUAAAUUAUUAUCAAAGGAUGUUUAUAUAAUUAUAUUUUAUAAGAUCAAAAUUGCUAAAAAUUACAAAAUUUUUAUAUAUUAGAAACUGAUUUUCAUUCAGAGAAAUUUACUAAUUCUUUUGGAUGGAUCUUAUAAAAUACAACUGUUGAUACUAUUAUUAGUUAUUGUUUAGAUAAAUCUAUUUUAGGCGGAUUUGGUAUAUUAGGAGUUGGUGCUUCUGCUAAAAAAUAAUUCAUCAUACCAAAUCAUAAGAGAUUGAGAUUAUAAAUUGUUCUUUAUAAAAUUGAUUCUUGGGAUAAUGAAAAAAUCUUUAUAUUAGUUGAUAAUGUUGAAAUUUGGAGUACUGUUUGGAAUCAUGCAAAUGAAGCAAAUUUCUGUGGUCAAGAUUGGACUGACUAAAAACAAUAUGUUGAUAUUAUUUUCGACCAUACAAAAUUAGAUACUUUAAUUGAAAUUUCAUCUACACUUAAUUAAAAUGCUAAUGAUGGUAAUUCUUUUAUUCAUUUAUUAGAAUCUUGGGGAUUUAGAGAAUUUACUUUAAUGUAUGAUCUUGCUAACAUAAUUUAAAUUAUUCCAACUUAUUAAUCUAUAACAUCAGUCUUAACAUUAAUUUUGAUUUUUAUUAUUAAUAUUUGA